UAUAACGAAUGCGAAAAUAUAAUUUUCAACUGACCAAGUCAUUCUCAUUAUGUCAAUAAAAUUUGGGUUACACCUUGUUAGAGUGGAUGAAAAGGCACUGCUUUACAGAUGAAAACAUCAGAUUUUUAACAACAGAAAUUUGUCAAAUAUUACUAAAUGAUUUUUUUCACAACAGAAAAUCAAUAGAAUUAUUUUAAAAAAAAAUAAUACAAAGUUAAGCAGCCCCACCUCAUGAAGAGGUCUUGAUCCACCAUUUCUUCAAGAUGGUGUUUGCUUAUAGGAAGCUGAUGCAGGUUCUUGACUGAUUUUGGGAGUAUCCUUAAAGUGUGCAUUUUGUUUCUAGGUCAUUCAACAUUGAUUGGCUCAAGAACUGGAGGAGUUCUGAGUUAUGCUGUAAGAUCAAAAAGUUGCAAGGUCUACGAUCAUGCCAGAAGAACCAGUCAAACACCAAGAGAGCACCAGUGUUCACAAAACUGGACAGGUAAGUUCUGGUCUAAUAGAUGCAUCUUUUUGCAGUUUUUAUGUAUGACUCUUUAUUGUUACUUGUAAGCAGACAAUUGCACAAUAGUUACAAAAGGCUUUGGUUUUAUGCCAUUGUUUGACUAUAUUUUGUGAUGCAUAGUACAAAAAAGAAAAAAACAACCAGUGAAGCACAAGUAAUAGUUAGAUAAUUGUAAAACAAAAUUUCCAAAAUAUAAAGGAAUUAAGUUAACUUUGUAGCUUGUGACUUUUAAUUACCAAAGUGAUGAUUUAACUGUAUAAGUGCUGUUAUAUAUGAUAUUGAUACCCCUACCAUAGAGGGAUCCCUAACCAUCAGGAAUUUUCAAUUUUCUAAUUUCUUGAGUGAUGGCCAAUUGGUGCUCUCACACCCUCAGAGCAUCCAAAAUUCUACCUGUUACCAGGUAGAAUAGAGGUACUAGGGAUAUUUCCUAGUGCUAUAGAAAUAUUUCUGAUGUACUAUUUGCAUCUGAUAAUUUUUUUGCUGCCAUUGUAGGUUCUGCUAAGUCAAUGGAGCCUUCUAUGGGUGUUGAGCUUACAAGGAGCUUGACAGGAGAGCUGAACCUAGACAACAAAAGGGAAGGCCAGUCUAUACAAUAUAGUGUUGGGAACAUUAUCAUGGAUGGAGAUACAACCACCAUAUCCCACAUCCAUCAAAAUGUGAAUGAUCAAAUCAGUGUCUGGUCUGACAUUGGACAUGCCAAUAAAGCGCUCCAUGGUCACCUACUAAGAAUAUCUUCCAGCCACAAGGCUUUGAGCAAAACUGUCAUUGACUAUCUUGUCAAGUGCUUUGGGGAUGUCCUGAUGCAGAACAAAGGCAAUCCAGAGGGCAUUCGAAAGGGUUGCAAGGUAAUUCCAAACCAUGCUUUUGGGGACCACAGUUCCUGUGGCUCCUGGUGUCAGUACAAACAAAAUCCAGAAAGUUAUCGGCAGCAGUCAUUACCUUAUGGCAAGGAUCUUGAAGGAGAGGACCUAACGGCAGAUUUCUUACAGGUAAAGUAAACAGUUACUAUUAUUGAGCAGUUCGUCUUCAGAAAUUAUUAUGUUACAAGUAAGCACAAGAUGCAGAACUCAGCACAAAACCAAUAUUGUUUUGUCCUAUAUCUUUUAGAUUUUUGAACUCUUUGCAAGUUAUGCAGACAAGCAGGCACCACUGGGGUCAACACAACCCAAUGAAAGCUUUAAUAACUCAGUGUCAGGUCAUGCCCC